UAAUGUCUAAAUUUUAACUCUACCGCAUUUCUUUUGCACUUAAAAGUUAAAAUAUCCUGAUUAAACCCUAACCAAAGACAAACAGAUUAAGCUCCCAUAAAAAAAAACAUGGAAGAGAGCGAUUGCAGAAGCAACAACAAUGGCAGUGAAGAAAUGAUAGAUAGAUUAAGCUCACUCCCGGACUCCCUUUUGAUCUCAAUUCUCUCCCUCCUCCCUCUCAAUUCCGCCGCUGCAACCUCUGCCUUGUCCCGCCGUUGGAUCCCCCUUUGGACCCACCUCCCUCGCCUCAUAAUCGAAGACGGUUACCACCCUACAUUCAGCAGCGACACCAAUACUUCCCGACAAAACUUCGACAAAUUCAUCACAACCGUCGAUCACAUCCUCCGGCAGGCCACCUCACCGAAAAUCGAAACCUUCAAUCUUCGUUUCUAUCACCCUGAUUUGGAAAUCGACCAAUACCCAAUUUGUUUAGCGUCACUGAAUUCAUGGGUUCUUCUAAUUUGCGCCCGAUAUCCUGCAAAUUUGGAGGUAAGCUUUGACUUCUAUUUGAAUGGUUUGCAAUUCAUUCCUCUUCCACCCUGUAUUUUCGAAACACAGUCUCUCGUAAAAAUCGAAUUGCGUGGUUAUUUUAAUUGCAAAUUGCCUGAAAGUGGUAUUGUUAGUCUUCCUAAUCUGAAAGAGCUUAGUUUGAAUGGCCUUGAUUUCGACUUUCAAGUGUUGAGGACAUUGUUUAAGUCUUGUCCACUAUUGGAGAUAUUGUUCCUGGGAGUAGAGUUUAUGGAGGAUGAAAUUGUUGAAAUAUCUGCUCCUAAUCUGAGAAAAUUGGCGGUUUAUAUGCGUGGUUCGUCAUAUCGGAGUAUAUUUUUGAUUGAUGCACCCUUGUUGGAAGAGAUUGAUGUCCAAGAUUGUGUUGCAUUCUAUUAUUUUGUCAAAAUUCCAUCUAAUUUGCAAAAGGCAAGGAUUCACUUUUGGGAUUCAAUUUUUGGGGAAGGAAGUGUUCAUCAAACCCACAUACCAGAGCUUAUUCGAGGGAUUUCUAAUGUUAAUUCUAUUCAAUUAGGGAAUAAUAUUCAUAUCUUUGAUACCCUUAAUCGGAUGGAUGCUGCAAAUUUGUGGUCACUCUUUCAUAAUCUAACCUAUCUUUGCUUGAGUGUCUCUAAGGAAUGUGUGAAUUGGGGUGCCAGAAUUCCAUUAUAUUUGUUGUCUAAGCUCAAGAGGAUAGACGUAUUGGCAAUCAAAGGGGAUGAUAAUGAUGUCUGUUCGGUUUAUUACAUUCUAAGUCUUGCAGAUGUCUUGGAGCAGUUAAACAUUUCUUGCUUUGCUAACUCUGGCAAAGGCGGGAAGCGCCAAUUAUGGAAGGAAUAUAAGUUCUGUGGUAAAUUGUUCACCUUUUCAAGGAGAUCUAUAACUUCUAAAAUUGAGUUUAAUGGUGCUUAUAUUCAUGCAUUUAGUCAUGGUCCUCGAAAUGCAUCAAGUGCUUCUCAAAUUGACUGGUUAGGACCCAGUAUGUGGCCCGACAUUGAAGAGGAAGACGAAUAGACAGCAGGCUUAUAUAUGACCUUUUAACUAGCAUUAUCAAAAAACUUGAACGGCUAGUGCAUCAGUUUUGUCUUUGGCUUUAACAAAGUUUAAACUUAGAUUUCUGGAACUCUUGAAUGUCCUGCAGCAAGGUUGUGUUCUUGUCGUCUACUUCUGUAAGUAGAAUGCUUAUUGACUAACAGCACUCAUAUUGUUGUUUUGAUGUGAUUUUGUCCCCUCUGUUCUGGUAUUUUGAUUGUUAACUUUUAAGUUGUA